UCGAUAUUUCCCACAGGCUACAGGUACAACAAAACUCUCCCGAAUGCGCGGCCGGGUCAAUGCCAGCAAGCCUUCCAAUCCCCUCGACACCGUGUGAUGACCAAAACGAGACGCUAGGCGCCUUUUGGGUGGGGUCAGAUGGGAUUCAAACUGGUUGGCGACUCAGUGACGUCGGUGUCCGGCAUUCUUCCCCGUCUGCUUAUCCGAUGCAACCUUGGGAAUGCGGAGGGGUCGGUGCGUUACCUCGGGCACCACCCCGACCCCCCCUUAGCAGAGGACCUCUAUCACAGAGCCAUUAGCUGGGUCUGUUCGGAGGAGGGUCGAAAUAGGACAACGGUUGCCAUGCGUGUCUGGUCUCCUGCGAGACUUUGCAUCAUGUCGCGCAGCAGAGGUCAUAUCAAGCCAGGCUCGGAUUUCCAUGGAGAUCUCUAUCAGCUCGAGAUAGAUAGCGCGCCACGCCCGAGGAUAUCGAACGGCCCGAGUCUCUGGCCAACAGAUCUGCGGCCCCCAUCAUUGAUGAAAUCAAGUCCCGGCUUGAAAGGCGCCCAGCGAUGUAACCCAAAAUGACAGGAGGAUUCAACCGUGGACGAGCCGGCACCAGGGUCUUCGGUCUCGGAAAACCAGGGUGGCGUCCCAAGAUGCUACCUUAUCUGUACGCAGUACCGGCUCCGUCCCAACUAAAAAAGCCAAUAAUCCCAGCCUUCAAGCUCCAUCCCUGCCCCCCUUUUGAGUCGCCCACCCAGUAGACCAUGUCGCCGGGCGGUCACCCAGAUGGCACGUCUAAGCCGGCCGUUGCCAAGUCCGGCCCGGAGGACAGGAAGAACUCCCUUGCCAGCAACGUGGCCAAGGACGUUGAGCUCCAAAUCAGCACCGCGAGGGUCCUCGAUCCUGCCGCCGAGCGGGCGCUCUGCAGGAAGUUUGACUUUCGCCUGCUCCCCGUCCUUGCGUUUCUGUACCUGCUCAACGCCCUCGACAAGGGCAACAUCGGCAAUGCCGAGACGGCCGGGUUCAGUAAGGACCUCAGCUUCGCGCCCGGCCAGUACAACCUGAUCCUGGCCAUCUUCUUCGUGCCCUUUGUCAUCUUCGCGCCGCCCAUCUCCAUCAUUGGCAAGAAGUAUGGGCCCGCGCGCGUCCUCCCCUGCCUGGCCAUGGUCUUCGGCUCCAUGACGCUCCUGACUGCGGCGGCGCGCAGCUUCAGCGGCAUUUUCGCCCUGCGCUGGUUCCUGGGCAUGGCCGAGUCCGCCGUCUUCCCUCUGGUCAUCUACUACCUGACGACCUUUUACCGUCGGGGCGAGCUGGCUAGGCGCCUGGCGAUUUUCUACGCCGCGGCCAACAUCGCGAAUGCCUUCUCCGGGCUUUUGGCGUUCGCCGUCUUCCGCAUCGAAAGCCACCUCGUCGACUUCAGCUGGCGCUGGCUGUUUAUCAUCGAGGGCACAAUCACCGUCCUCUUUGCCGUUUUCGCGUACUGGUACCUGCCCCUGAGCGCCUCGCAGGCCAGCUUCCUGAACGAGGAAGAAAAGGCACUGGCAUUCCACCGGAUCUCGGUCGAUUCGUCAUCAACCGUCGAGGAGGGCUUCAACCUGCGCAAGUCUCUGGUCAUUUUCCGGCAGCCGGCCACGUAUGGCUUUUUACUCAUCGAAAUAUGCGUCGGGGUCCCGUCGCAGGCUGUCAAUCUUUUCAUGCCCCAGAUAAUCCAGCGCCUGGGCUAUGGCACGAUCCAGACCAACUUGUUCACCGUGGCGCCUAACAUUACGGGCGCCGUGAUGCUGCUCAUUCUGGCGUUCACCUCCGAUUGGCUCCGCCUUCGCUCGCCCUUUGUUGCACUCGGCUUCAUCCUCACAUGCAUGGGGUUCGCCAUCUACGCCGCCAUCGAUAAUAUCGAGACGCAGCUACGUCUGGGAUAUUACGCCACCUUUAUGAUGUGUUGGGGCACUUCUGCCCCUUCUGUCCUGCUCAGCACGUGGUACAACAACAACAUCGCCCACGAGGGCCAGCGCCUGGUCCUUACAUCCGUGGGGGUUCCGCUAGCAAACUUAAUGGGCCUGGUGUCCAGCAACGUAUUCAGAAAAGAAGAUGCGCCAAAAUAUGAACCCGCCCUGAUAACGACGGCCUGCUUCGGCGCGGCCGGGGCUACCGUCGCGGCCGCCAUGGGGCUCUGGAUGGUCUGGGACAACCGCGCGAGGAACAGGAGCCAGGGCGUGAACCUCAGCGCCCGCGACGUGCCCACGCACCGCCUGCGCGAUGGGCCAAAGGUGGACGAGUUUCGAUGGUUUCUGUAGGCGUGGGUGAAGCCCGGUUACAUGGCUCGUUACAUGUCAUGUAUUUGUAUAAAUGCACAAUCAGAACUGGCAAAGACCGGCAUCAGUCCCACGUCUGCCAGGCCGCUUUCUGCCUUCCUGAAGCCGGAUCCUUCCG